CACAGUCUACAGUCCACUACAACCGUUUACAUGCUUUUUAACGUGUGAUUUAGUUUUAAUGUAACUUCUCACGGUGGCUGUCAGCACAUGCAGUUUCCUGCUCUGCAGAGUUAGUGUGGUGGUGAUGAUGCAGCAGCAGCCCGGCUCUCUCUCUCCAGGCCUUAUCUUGAUUGGUUGUUGGGGGAGGACAGGGCGGGAGAGGCGAGCUGUCGUUGAGGAUCCACAUGCACUCUCAGUUUGCACCGCAUCCAUAGGGAGCACGGACUGAUCCACGGACUGAUCCACGGACUGAGCCACGGACUGAUCUAGGGACUGAGCCACGGACUGAUCCACGGACUGAGCCACGGACUGAGCCACGGACUGAUCCAGGGUCUCCUCAGGUCUUCACAGACAGGAACGAGAUCACGACCUCUUCACCUUCGUCAUCGAGAGGAAGCGACUUUUUGUUUUUGUGUUGAUAAAGAUCGGCAAAGCAGCAAGGAAUCUUGGGAGAUUGUUGGGGAAAAGACUGAGGAAUUCCAAGGAACAUUUUUAGGAGGAAACAUCUCCCAAUAAAAUCUGAAGAAGCUGGUGUGGUGAGAGCGGUGUUUGUUUGAGGAUGAGUGCGAGGCCUGGCUGGGACCGUGGCUGAGGCAUGAGGGAGGAAACCAUCUGAGAACCGGUUCCAAUGUAAACACAGAUCACCAUGCCAACCCUGCUGCCAACCUGGCACAAGACCACCUGCACCACCAUCACCACCACCCUCCUCCUCCUCCUCCUCCUCUGCAGCCGCCAGGUCUCGGCCUCAGUUCUGGAAAGUCUGAUCGCUAAACGGACCGAAUACUGGGAGAACUGCAACAGAACGCUGGUGCACUCAAGUCCACUCUUAAAAACUGGAAACUUCUGCAGAGGAACCUUUGACACGUUUGUGUGUUGGCCUCAUUCAUCUGCUGGGAAUGUGUCUGUGCCGUGUCCUUCUUACCUCCCGUGGAUCAGUGAGGACGCUUCCAGGAGGGUGCACAGAGAAUGCUUAGAGAACGGGAGGUGGCGUCAGAAGGAGAACUCUUCAGAGCCCUGGAGAGGUGACUCAGAGUGUCAGGAGGACCAGUUCUUCAAAGACAAGGAAGACGAAAUGCUUCGUCAGACAGCGCUCAGGCUCAUCUCCGUCAUUGGCUACUCCCUGUCGCUGACCUCUCUCACGCUGGCCACUCUCCUGAUGGGAAUACUGAGGAAGCUUCACUGCACCAGGAACUACAUCCACAUGAAUCUGUUUGUGUCGUUCAUCCUGAGAGCUGUGGCCGUCAUCUCCAAGGAAAUCAUACUAUACAUCAUGUAUUCCAACCUGCCAAAGGACGACCCUGGAUGGAACUCCUACCCAACCUCUGCGACAGCGCUGAUGUGUAAAUUCUCCAAAGUGUGCAUGGAGUACUUUGUGGCCUGUAACUACUUCUGGCUGCUGGUGGAAGCCAUUUUCCUCCACACGCUGCUCUUCACUGCUGUCCUGACCAAGAGGCGACUUCUGAAGAAGUACAUGCUGCUCGGCUGGGGAACUCCCGUCCUGUUCGUGACGCCGUGGACAGUCGUCAAAAUCAUUUAUGAAAACACAGAGUGCUGGUCAAUCGUGAACAGGUGGUUCUGGUGGAUCAUCAGAGGCCCGAUCACUCUGUCUGUGCUUGUCAUUUUCUUCAUAUUCAUCAAGAUCCUGAUGCUGCUGCUGUCCAAGCUGAAAGCAGACCAGGUGAAAUUUACGGACUACAGAUACAGUUUGGCGAGAGCGACGCUGGUGUUGAUCCCUCUGCUGGGAAUCCACGAAGUGGUCUUCACUGUGCUGAUCGAUGAAUGUGUGGAGGGCAGCAGCCGCUACGCCAGGAACUUCCUCAACCUCACCCUCAGCUCUUUCCAGGGUUUCCUCGUUGCUGUGCUCUACUGUUUUGCUAAUGGAGAGGUCCAAACUGAACUGAAGAAGCGCUGGCAGCUUUUCCUAUUCACCAACCACUUCCAGGUCAGGGGUUGUUUUCAAGGAGCGCCUCUCAAGCACCUGUGGAAGUGCACUCGAUGGCGCCACACCCAGUGCGCUCAGCAGAAUGACUCUUAUGACGAGGGGGGCACUUGCGCGACUCACCCUCACCUGCAUCAGGUGGCUGUGCACGGAGGAGGUGGAGUGCUCAGAGUGGGAGAGGUUAAAGGUCAGGGGCUGAAGGGCGGUGACAUAGCAGGACUGGACUUCCUCACCAGGAAGAGUUUGUCCAGCAGCGAUGGAGAGAUGACGCUGGGGGAGACCAUGGAGGAGAUUCUGGAGGAGAGCGAGUUCUGAUCACUGGUUACCCUCCAGGUACUGAGAUAAGAAUCAUAUUCAUACAAAACCUGGAUCACCCACAUGGUAACUGCAUAUAGAUCAACAAUCAAACUGCCUCAAAGUGACUGAAGACCUUCACAAAUAGGACCUCCAAGUUCUCCAGGCCCAAGAUUCAAGAAUCUGUUAGACACUGCAGGUUUUAGAUCUGGGUUACACAUGUCUGCAUGCAUGUACAUGGCCACGGUUCCAUUCGCGUUGUGUACUUGAGGGUGAUCUUCAAAGGUCUUUGUCCUCAUUUAUAUGUCCUUAUAUUCUCUGAGCGAUGGCUUGUACAUGUGUGGACACUGACCGCCACCUCAAGUGUCCAUGGUUACCGUCUUCUUCGUGGUCUCCUUUGACCAAAACAAGAGCUUGCCGCUAACUGCACAGGAAAGUGUUCUGCUACAAGGAGCUACAAGGAGCUAGCGCGAUAAGAGUCACAGUCCAUGUGGUCACAUGAUGCACCACUGAGAACAUUGGGCAGUUACAGAUAUUCAUGUGCCAUGGACCACAGAUAACCAAUGUGGACACACAGACAUGUUUAAUCAGGCAAGCUGAGGGCUAAAAUAACUGUAAAGUAACUGGAGGCUUUUUAGCUUGGUCAGUUUAUCGUUACUUAUGAAAGUGUACAGUGAACUCCCGUCUCUAAAAGGUUAAAGUUGAAUUCACACUUGUAGAUUCUCUGGUUCCUCGAUGGACCAAUUGAUUCAGAAUUACUCACAGAGGCUUGCACACUUCAUGAUAUUUGACAUGUCAAGCGACUGAGAGUGGAGAUCUGAGCAUACAUUACUUUUAUGUAUGAUAUGAAACAUUUACAUACAUAUACAUUUGUCGCUGCCAUCCAAACUCAUAACCUACAGAAGCUAAAAAAAAAAAGAUCAAAUAUCUGUUGCGUACUCUGCAGUCACGGCGUCAUAUAAACACGUCACAAUAAUCCUCAACUAUACAAACGUUGUGUUUGAUUUACCGUGACAGGUGAAAAACAUCCUCCUGUCACAGGCCAGUUAUAAAUAUCCAUAUGACACAUCUGGAUUGAAACGUAAACGUAUAAAUACAAUGUAUUUGUUGUCUGAAUGUGAAUAGCGAGACUCAUUGUGCAGCAAGUUUUACGGCUUUACAUGUUUUCUAUUUCCUACUACGAAGCUCUACACGUGUAUAAGAAUGUUGUUGUACAGUUGUAUAGUACUGUAUAUCAUGAUUUGUACUCGUAGUCUCACCAAACGAUGUAUGUAUGUAUGUAUGUAUGUAUAUAUGCACUAAUAAACAGUUUAAUUGUC